AUGGAAGUUACUUCAAACAAGUUCAUGGUCACAAAAUGCCACAUAGAAGGAGCUCCCGAUGUGACGCACUUCGCCGUUAAGGAGGAGAUGGUGCCCUUGAGAAUCGAUAAGAACGACCACACUACGCUCGUAAUUGUGAAAAACUUGUACGUCUCGGUUGACCCGUAUAUGCUAAACCUCAUGAAGACCCAAAACAGUUCCAAUGAAAUCCUGACCGCGCUUUCUCUCAUUUUACCUGGACAUGCAAUUCCUUCGAUUGGGGUGGGAAGAGUGUUGGAUUCUGUGCAUCGAGAUUUUAAAGCAGGCGAUCUUGUGUUGGGAAUGCUCAGCUGGGCACAGUAUACCAUUGUACCAAUUGGCGUCGAUCCCUUGUUGCAAAAAGUGGAUGAUAAAAUGGGAUUUCCACUCUCAUAUUAUACUGGAAUUCUAGGUUAUAGCGGAAUUACAGCGUAUGGAGGAUUUUUCAAAGUAUGCAAACCUAAGAAGGGGGAGAAAGUUUUUGUUUCUUCUGCUUGCGGUUCGGUUGGUAACUUAGUCGGGCAGUAUGCUAAGUUAUUCGGCUGCUAUGUUGUUGGCUGUGCCGGGACUAAACAAAAGGUCAAAUUUCUGAAAGAGGAACUUGGGUUCGAUGAAGCAUUCAACUACAAAGAAGAAACUAAUUUGAGUGCUGCUUUGCAAAGGUGUUUUCCUGAAGGAAUCGACAUAUACUUUGACAAUGUCGGAGGUGAAAUGCUAGAAGCAGUUGUCGAGAACAUGAAUACUUUUGGUCGAGUUGCAGUUUGUGGAGUCAUGUCCGAGUAUGCAGACAGUGCAAAACGAGGCUUUCCUAACAUGCUCCGAAUUAUAUAUAAAAGAAUCAAAGUAGAGGGUUUUAUUUUGCUGGACAUGUUCGAUGUAUACGAAGACUUCUUCUCGACUACUACGCAACAUCUCAAGGCUGGAAAAAUGAAGGUCAUUGAAGACAUUUCCCAUGGUGUGGAGAGCAUCCCUGGAGCCUUUGUCGAUAUAUUUCGUGGCAAUAAUAUUGGCAAAAGGGCUGUGAAAAUAGCUGAAGAAUAG